AUGGCGAGUACUCCGGAAGAUAAGCCGCAGCGGGCCACCGCGGCGCAGUUGGCGAACAGAAAGAUCAAAGACGUCCGCAGACGCCCUCGUCCCAACUCUGCUGCGCCAAGUGCUCCAGCUCCAUCCUUCGGCGGACCGUUCAGCUCCAUCGAUCCAAAUACUGUUUCUUCUACACCUUCCAUGUCGCAACCCUUCCCAGGAGCUAGCUCAACUCCUAGCCAGUCGACUCAGAACGGCACAUCGUCACCCUUUGCCUUUGGCUCUGGAGGCGCAGGCGGAUCCUCUAAUCCAUUUGCCAACAUGAACAACGGUAAUUCCGGCCAGUCUGAUGCGGGUAGCUUCUCUGGCUUCAAGGGUUCGAUGUUCAACGCGCCACCGGCAAGCCCGGCUCCGGCUCAACAAUCUCUACCUUCUGCUCCACUCACCGGGGGUCUGUUUGGUACCAGCAUGAGCAACGGGCCAUCCGCCCCAUCCGCCGCGGCGACUCCAACGGCCGGUGGACUCUUCGGUCAAAGCAAUGCUGUCAACACCCCUUCAACCAAUGUUUUCGGCCAGCCCACAUUUGGUAAUGACUCGAUGCAAACCUCUCCGGACGCUAAGGCUGCUGCUGCUCCUCCCUCGAAGCCCACGUCCUUCUUUGUAUUUGAUUUCAAGGCCGCUACACCUACGCCAUCGCUUUUUGGCACCACCCCACAAGCCUCUUCUGCGGCCACUCCUGCUGCACCGACACCAGCCCCGGCUGCUGCGACUACGGCUACACCCUCACUAUUUGGCACCGCAUCUCCUGCUAAGCCGUCUACUCCUUUCCAGAACCCGUUUCAGUCUACGAACUUGUUCCAAACCACACCUUCCACCGCCCAAAAGCCCGUCGAAGAGAAGAAAGAGGAGUCCAAGCCUUUCACUUCCUCUACAAACACUGGCCCUUCUCUGUUUUCAAAGGCCCCUUCGACUGCUACAACUGCGGAGCCAGAAAAGCCGAAGGUUGCAGAAGCGAGCGCAAAUCCGUUUGGCGGGCUCCAAACCUCAGCGGAGCAGCAGCCUGAUCCUUCAUCCACUCCUUUCCAGGGUCUUUUCUCCAAGCCCAGUACAGCUCACGAUGCUGCGAAGCCAAGUGAACCAGCAAAGCCGGCCACUCCUGGUCCAUUUUCCUUCACUCCCUCAGCUGCUACUCCAUCGGCUUCGAGUCUCUUUACGCCUAAGCCACCGGCGUCGACCUCUGCUCCGGAGCCCAAGGCACAAGCACCCUUCGCCCCUUCAGCGCCUGCCGAGAGCCCUUUCAAGGUGAAUGGUGCAAAGCCGGUCUCAUCAGUUCCUGCUAUUGGCAACGCCCCGAAAUCUACAAAAAAGACCGAGGCUAUCGGCGAUUCCGAAGCACUAUACCGUCUGCGCAUUCUGAACGAAUGCUUCCAGCGUCAAGUAUCCAAAUUGGACCCCGCAAGCGAUAACUUCGAUGCUGCUGUACAAUUCUACACGCGGGUCCGUGCCACGCUUGGUGCUUCUGUUGGCUCUAAGCGCAAGGCUACGGACGAUGGCUCCAACGGCAUCCCUCCCAAACGAGCUCAGACCUUCGGUAAAUCUGCCGAUAAAACGACUCUCCCCCAGGUAAUAUCUACUCCGGUUGCGACUGCACCGAGCUCUACACCGUUCAAGGGGUUUGGCACAGCCCAGCCUACUUCUACUCCUACGAAGCGAAAGUCGAUCGAUGAGGGUGAUGAUGUUAGCCCUGCAAAGCGGUCAUUUUCCAAGUCGAAGACCACUGAGUCUGACGACGAGCCAGUCAAUGCUGCGCCCUCGCCUUCUCUGUUCUCUGCGACGCCGUCCACGGCACCUGCCAAGCCUCUGUUCUCCUUUUCAUCCUCUGUCAACAAGGAUUCCUCCCCCGCGCCCUUAUUUUCAUCGUCUGUGUCUGGCACUAGCUCGACGUCAGCUGCUCCCGUCGCUCCCCCCCCGGCCAAUCCCUUUGUACUGAAGGCACCUGGGACAGAUUCCUCCGCGAGCCCUGCUCCAGGACCGCCGAAGUUUGCCUCCGCAGGCGGCACUGAUUUCCUGGCGCAAUUCAAGGCACAGUCCGCCAAGGAUGCCGAGAAAGAGAAGCAGAAACGCAAGGAUGAGGACUGGGAUUCAGAGGAAGAGGACGAAGCUGAAUGGGAGCGUCGCGACGCCGAAGAGCAGCGCAAGAAACAAGAACAGUAUGGAGCGAAGCCCAAGCAGCAGGCCAAGUUCAUUCCUGGCAAGGGUUUUGUUUUCGAAGAGAGCAGUGAUUCCCCUGCAAAGACACCCGAAGAAACCCCUACUCCUCCCGUCAGCACUGGUGCGUCGGUCUUUGCUAGCCAGAACAACUCUGCCGUCAAGUCGACGAACAUCUUCGGUCACCUGUCGGCGACGCCGUCUGAGGCCGAGGACGAUGAUAAUGAAGCCGACGACACUGAGGAAGCUUCUGGUGGAGAGGGUGAUGAUUCGCCGGAUAGCAGUGCGGAAACAAAGACAGCUGACUCUAAGGCGGCUUCCAGCGACGAUGUCAAGGGAAGCGGGCGCAGUCUGUUCGACCGGGUGUCAUAUGAUGAUGACGGAAAGCCCAAGCGCCAGGGUGAAGAAGAGCAGAAGGGAUCCAUGUCAACCUUGUUCAGCUCGUCUAAUAAAUUCUCAUCUUUUAACAGCACCCCUGCGUCUCUGACCCCGGGCAGCAGCUCCGACUCGAUUCAAGCAACGUCUAAGUCUACAACCAGCAAUAUCUUCGGCUCUGCAAACGCAGGCACCAGCGUCUUCGCCUCGAACGCCUCUUCUGCCAACUCUACCCCGUCGAUUUUCAACACCACGAACUCGGCUGGCGAUAACACCUGGAAGCCCAAUUCCCCCAUCCGGUUUGCGACGGAAUCCGCCUCGGCAUCGAAGCCGGAUUCUGGAGCGGCAACUCCGGUGCCGGAGGCCCCUAAGCCAUUCUCAAACCUCUUCGGAGCACCACCCACUCUCACCAAGUCGGACGCCAAGAGCACGACGCCAUCACUUGGGUUUUCUUUCGGAGCUCCCGCUCAAGCGAACUCGUCCCUCUUGGCCCCUCCCACACUUAACUCCGCUGCCGCCAGCCGCUCCCCCACCCCUGGAGUCACCUCUGAUACGGGUGCUGAAGACUCCGGUGAUGGCGAGGGCGAAAACCUCCCGCAGGUCGAUCUUGCUCGAGGCGGAGCCGGAGAAGAGAACGAAGAUCUCGUGGUCGAGAGCCGGGCUCGUGCGAUGAAGCACACCGCCGGCGGUGGCUGGGAGAGUCAGGGCGUUGGAUUCCUUCGAAUCUUGAAAGAUAAGACUACGUCUCGUGGUCGGAUCCUCGUCCGUGCUGACCCAAGUGGAAAUGUUAUUCUGAAUGCCCGCCUGAUGAAGGAGAUCAAGUACUCGGUUGCUAAGAACAGUGUGCAGUUCAUGGUCCCCCAGGCCGAGGGACCACCCCAGCUGUGGGCUCUACGCGUGAAGACCAGCACCGACGCCGAACGUCUGUCCACUUCGAUGGAGGAGACGAAGUCUUGA